UUCCAUACGAAUAUCCUCCCUACCCGGUCAUACGUUCUAGCUUAAUAGAACAUGAGCUGAACAGAAUUGGGAUCAUACCGACAACUACCGAUAAACUUUGUGCUUUCCUACCAAUAACGAGGAAAAUAAUCUGGUCACUCUGGCAGUGUGCUGACUGUGGAAUUCGAUCGAGCUAGAAUCGAGCAGUGAAUGCAAAAAGCUGAAACCAAAGCGCUGCAGUAGGCGAAAACGAGAAGAAAUCCAAUAUGGCGGUGUAAAUGUUGUGAUAGCCAGAUUCGCGAGUUUUAAAACGGAAAAGAAACCAGAACCAGAAUUCGUGAAAUCAAUCUGCCGGCGUGAGUUAAACGACGAGCCAAGCAGCAAACACCGAGGCUAUUGGCAUACCGUUGUUGUUCCAGUGCACCACGCAACGGAAAAGAAUUUGUAAAGCAAUACAGCAGGGAAAAGUGAGCAGGUAGCAUAAGAGAGCAUCCAAGGUGAGUUUUUUUUCCCCCGAACGGUACGUCCUCGUUGGCACCCGUUUCGCGAAAGGACGUCCGUUUUGGUGGUGAAACGCGCAAUCAAACAAAGGACAAGUGUGCGAGUAUUUCCCGGGAACCGAACUGCAUACGGCGUACUAGCUCUAGCGGCCGGCCUGAGGAUAGCGGCCGGGUUCAUCCGGAGUAGUGCGUCUGCCGUUGCCGAGGUCGAGCGCACGUAGUGACGUUUCAUGGCAAACAUCGAUUUUACCAUUGUUGCGAGUGUUGUGCAGUGAUUUUGAACGCGUGUCACCACAUAAGCUGCUGUGGUUUGGUUAUAGAUACGAUAAACGGAUGUGACAAUACGACGACAAAGUGACGAAUGUGUGUACGUUUGUAUGUGUGUAUCGCCGUUCAUAACAAAUAAUACGCUUUUGGACCCUAGCGAGAGCGACUAAGAACAGGAACAAGUCCCAUCGGGAAAAAAAGAUUUAUCUGCUUACAUUUCCGAAAGAGAUAUACCUACAUUCGAUCAUCUUGCUAAGGAUAAUUGAUUCCGCAACGUUGUAAAGGGCACAGUAACGAAGUAAACGAACGCAUCCAGUGCAGUUGAAACGGCAACAAUUGAUUACAGCGAGAAACUCGUUGACAGCAAAAUACUGAAGAAACGAAGGAAAAAACCUUCCUCCCUUUCUACCUUUGAUUAUUGCACCAACCGGCAACAGGAGCUGCAUCGACAGGUGCAAAGAAACAAACGCCGCGGUACCGAUCGACAGCAGCGCAACCUUAGUAGGCAGCUUCGGCAGCAGCAACGUAGCAACCGUCAACAGCGGGCAGUUGACACAAACGCUGAAGAGCAAGUGGGUUGUAGUAGCAAUAUAGGCAAUAACAGUACCAAGCGUCUAGGUUCGAACUCGAAUUGCUGCAGAAGAAACGGGAGAAAUCAUAGUAACGGCCCAGUGCAGUACAGUGUUAACAGCAGUCGACGCAACAUGACAACCGACACGAGAAGGCGCGUUAAGCUAUACGCGCUGAAUGCAGAUCGCCAGUGGGAUGAUCGAGGAACGGGCCAUGUCACAUCCAGCUAUGUCGAUCGCGUCAAAGGUGUGUCACUCCUCGUGCAUGCAGAGAACGAUGGAUCCAUGCUGUUAGAAAGCAAGAUCCAUCCGGACACAACAUAUCACAAACAACAGGACACACUCAUCGUCUGGAGCGAGGGUGAUAAUUUUGAUUUGGCACUCAGCUUCCAAGAAAAGGCGGGAUGCGACGAAAUAUGGGAGAAAAUUUGUCAGGUGCAAGGGAAAGAUCCUUCCGUAGAAAUCACGCAAGAAUCGGUCGAAGAAUCGGAAGACGAGCGGUUCGAGGAUAUGUCCGAUUCGGCACCACCGAUAGAACUUCCACCUUGCGAGCUCAGUCGGCUGGAGGACAUUUCGGAGGUAAUCGCCAGCGCACUGACUUCGGCAAUCCGAAAGGAUAAGUUGGCCCAGGCAAUCGAAUCGGAAAACUACAUCAAAAAGUUGCUCAGUUUGUUUCGCGUUUGCGAAGACUUGGACAACCAGGAAGGAUUGCACUAUUUGUACGAGAUCUUCAAGAACAUCUUCCUGCUGAAUAAAAAUAGUCUGUUUGAGAUUAUGUUCGCCGAGGAUACGAUAUUUGAUGUGGUUGGAUGUCUCGAGUACGAUCCGUCCGGCAAUCCACCGAAGAAUCAUCGUCAGUAUCUGCGCAAAUUGGUAAAAUUUCGCGAAGCAAUACCGAUUCGCAACACAGAUCUGCUGGCAAAGAUACACCAGACGUUCCGGGUACAGUACAUACAGGAUAUCGUACUGCCGACGCCGUCCGUCUUUGAGGACAACAUGUUGAACACGUUAUCAUCGUUCAUCUUCUUCAACAAGGUGGAAAUUGUGACACUCAUCCAAGAGGACGACAAAUUUCUGGACGAUUUGUUCGCGCUGCUGACGGAUUCACAAACGCCCGAUUCGAAACGGCGCGAUAGUAUUCUCUUUCUGAAGGAGUUUUGUAACUUUGCGCAGUACUUGCAGCCCCAGGGCAAGGAAACGUUUUUUAAGACCCUCAUCAGCCUCGGUGUACUUCCGGCGCUCGAAAUAACGCUGGCCAUUAACGAAAAGCGAACAAAAGCCGCAUCAAUCGAUAUCCUUUCAACGAUAGUUGAAUAUUCGCCGUCCGUUGUGCGGGACUACACACUGCAACAGUACAAUAAUUCCGAUUCCGACGAGGACCAAACGUUGAUCAACAUUGCGAUUGAGCAGUUGCUUUCCGACUCGGAACCGGAGGUGGGUGGUGCUGUACAGUUGAUUACCGUGUUGCGAAUUCUGCUAGAUCCAGAAAACAUGCUAAGUUCGGCAAACAAGUCCGAAAAGUCGGAUUUUCUUAACUUCUUCUACAAGCACAGUAUACAGACGUUAAUUGCUCCACUCUUGCGACACACGCAAUCGGAUAAGCCGACUAACGAGGACUACCAUGUGGUUCAGCUGCUAAGCGUGGUGUUGGACAUUCUGUCGUUUUGUGUAGAACAUCACACCUACCACAUCAAAAACUGUAUCAUCAAUAAGGAUCUAUUGCGGAAGGUUUUGGUACUGAUGAACAGCGCGCACACGUUCCUCGUUCUGGGAGCACUCAGAUUUCUUCGCAAAAUAAUUUCAUUAAAGGACGAAUUUUACAACAGGCAUAUUGUGAAGGGGAAUUUAUUCGCUCCGAUUGUGGAGGCGUUUAUUCGCAACGACAGUCGUUACAAUCUGCUGGAGUCAGCUAUUUUGGAACUGUUCGAGUUCAUUCGACUAGAAGACAUUAAGUCGCUGUAUACGUACUUUGUGGAAAGCUUUGGCAAGUUCUUCGAGGACGUACAGUACGUUCAAACGUUUAAAACAUUGAAGGGCAAAUACGAUCAGCAGCAGGACCGACUGAAAGAAAAGGAAAAAGGAAAUUUGGAAAGUGUUCCAUCCAUUUUACGAAACAGUAACCGUUAUCGAAGGGACCAGCGACAGAUGGACGAGGACGAGGAAAUAUGGUUCAAUGAAGAGGAAGAUUAUGCUGAAAGUGCAGGUAAAUCGGGGACACCGGAGCUAGAGUCUACGAUCGGGAAAAUGUUCGAAAAAAAGGCUAUGGAAACAGCUAGUAACCUGAACGGUCCAAAGUACGGCAGUGGCGCAGUCUCAACGGCACAAUCGCAUCAGCUAUCGUCACAGAUGCAUGGAGGUGUGACGGCCACUGCAACGUCAGCCGAUGAUGUGGCAGCCACUUCGCACCUGCUAAACAUUAACAAUGGUACCGAGGGCAACGAUGAAAGCGGUAGCUCGGUAGCAUCUUCGGCUACUCAUCUGCAGUCUACAUCGCUCGAUCCAAACUGUCUUUCACAUGCAGUGGCGCAGGCUGCAGCUGUUGCGGCUGCUGCCGCGGCUGCGGCAGUAGCAAACAAUAAUGGCCUUCAGUCGACGUCUGCGGUUUCGGUUGAGCAUGUCAGUUCGCUAGGGGAAGUGAAUCACGACCAUCUGCACCAUAAAGAGCAUUGCGGGCUAGGGGGGGGAGAUGGUACCAACAGUGCAAAUCUGACGCCUGCUGACGAAUCCGCGCUAGACGAUGCCAACAGCCUGGUGGUGAGCGCGCUCGGUGAGAACGAUCUUUCAUCCGUGUAUCAACUGCAAUCAGCUUCUACUGUUUCGAGUUCGGUUGUUGGUGAUGGAGAAAGCAAUCCCGUCGCGAUCGCGCCCAAUCACAGCAGUAGUGCCUGUGAAACGACAACUUCCUCCACCUUGUCGUCCAUUCCGGUCACCGAAACGUGUUCCUCCUUUAACGACGCCACGGCGGCGCCUGACUGUGGGUCGAGUGCUGUAAAUGUUGAAAGUAGUGAUCUCGAUAAUAGUACGAUUGCUGUUGAUUGCAGUAGUUCGCUAGAAGGUGUCGAAUCUCUCGGUGGUAGUGUAGAGGAAACAACCUCCAAGCGAUUGUCCGAUCCGGCUCAUGGUACUGACACUGACAUUAGUGCUGGCGUGUCAAUGACCACGUUGGUCGAAGGCGAAAAUGAUGCCGAUGCAGAACAACAGCGAAACUCUGGGCAUGCUGGUGCGGAUAAAACGCGGGAAAAGUCGAACGAUGCUACCAGCGACGAAGCAAAUGACGCUGAAAUGGUGAACAUGCCUUCAUCGGUGUUAGCUACUCCCAUCUUGGACUCUGCACCUGCCGUAGAGCAACCGACAGUCGGCACGGCUGAUUCAUCGUUCCAGGCAAACCUGUCCUCCGCUUCUUCUACAAACACAACCAUGGCCAGUGGUUUGAAAAAGGGUCUCGUUGAUUACGAAGGUGAUUCCGAUGAAGAGGACGACGACGACGACAGCAGUAGUCCGGCACAAAAGAGGGCGAGAAUAGCAUAGCACCAUUCGACUUCAACUGCGCACCAUCCUUAUAAACAACGCCAUCAAUCAGCAUCAUCUGGGGCGGCGGAUAGCAUAACUAUGAAUAAUUUUAAAACUACUAUUAGAACCAACAUCCCUACUGCGACUGCGGCAGUAAUGGUGGUUAAUACUAAAAUGGCCCCCCAUAGUACCAUUGUUACGGUUGCUGCCAAUUCUGCGUCUCCCGAAGAAGAGGAAGAAGAAGCACGCUCAUCGCAUUCGUCAUGCGAACUUGAAAAGAAAAAGCGCAAGAUGGAAGAUUGCGAGGAUACUGGCGUACUGGCAAUGGAUAGAAUAGACUGUUCGAAUAUAAUGGAAAUAGAUAUUACUCCCACUACAACUAGUAACGAGCCGGCUGCUGUGGCCGGUAGCCGUGAAUCGAAUUGUGAGAACUGAGCAAGGAAAAUAGGUGAAGGGGAAGGAAGUGGAAGUGGGUUGUAAAGAAAAGCGGCUUUUUUGUCUCAUACAUACAACGCUAAACGUAAUAUUUGUACGCUAAUUCAGCAUAACCAUCAACCAUGCACAUGGUGAAGUAGGAGCGAAAUGAAUGAAAGAAUGAAAAGAAUGAUUUGGUUAUAUUCAUUUCACGCUUUUUUUCCGUUUUCCGUUUUAUGCGCCAGCGUUGUUGAGUAAAGAUGUACCGGAAUCAUUUUGGUGUCGUGGGAAGCAGAGCAUUCGGGGUUGAGAGAUUUACUCUUUUUUCGUUUAAUGAAAUGUACACAGGCAAAUGAAGAAUUCACUCAUCAUGUACAGUUAGUAAUCGGACAUAUUUUUUAAUACGAACAUGCUACGCUAACAAGAAAUAAUCAGUAAUAGAUAAAGUAUCAGGUCUGUACAUUCUUUGGAUUGAAUAUGGUGGCACUGCUGUUGAUUUUAUGCAAAAAACAACAACAAAACUGCUGUGUUUUCGAUUGUUUCGAAGAUCGUUUACAUAUUAUGGACUUAGUAGGGGAUAGACGUCCGUUUAUUUUUAUUAUUGCCAGAGGGGGCAAGCGCAUGUUCAAACAGGUAAUCAGAACAAAAGCUAUAAAGCAAGGUAUGGAAAAAUG